AUGCCGUCAUAUAACAUUGUCGUUUUUGCUGGUGACCACUGUGGUCCGGAGGUGACCACUGAGGCAAUCAAGGUCCUCCGCGUCAUCGAGAAGUGCCGUGACGAUGCUACCUUCAACCUCCAGGAUCAACUUCUCGGUGGUGCAUCGAUCGAUGCUACCGGAUCUCCCCUGACCGACGAAGCUCUGAACGCCGCAAAGAACGCCGAUGCCGUUCUCCUCGGUGCCAUUGGCGGGCCCAAAUGGGGCACUGGCGCCGUCCGCCCCGAACAGGGUCUCCUCAGACUGCGCAAGGAGAUGGGCACAUUCGGUAACCUGCGCCCCUGCAACUUCGCCGCCCCGUCGCUGGUCGCCGGCUCCCCUCUCCGCCCCGAAGUCUGCCGCGGCGUCGACUUCAACAUCAUCCGCGAACUGACCGGCGGGAUCUACUUCGGCGAGCGCAAGGAGGACGACGGCAGCGGCUUCGCCAUGGACACGGAGCCGUACUCCCGCGCGGAAAUCGAGCGCAUCACCCGUCUCGCGGCCCACCUCGCCCUGCAGCACAACCCCCCUCUCCCCGUGUGGAGCUUGGACAAGGCCAACGUCCUCGCUACAAGCCGGCUGUGGCGGAAGACCGUGACGGAGGUCAUGGCUAAGGAGUUCCCCCAGCUCAAGGUCGAGCACCAGCUCAUUGACUCCGCGGCCAUGAUCAUGGUCAAGGAGCCUAGGAAGCUCAAUGGUAUUGUUGUCACUAGCAACCUGUUCGGUGACAUCAUCAGUGAUGAGGCGAGCGUUAUCCCUGGUUCUCUGGGCCUCUUGCCCAGCGCGAGCUUGAGCGGUAUUCCGGACGGAAAGACCAAGGUCAACGGUAUCUACGAGCCUAUCCACGGUUCCGCCCCCGACAUUGCAGGCAAGGGCAUCGUCAACCCCGUCGCUGCCAUUCUCUCCGUUGCCAUGAUGAUGCAGUACUCCCUGAACCGCAUGGAUGACGCCAAGGCCAUCGAGACGGCUGUCCGCAAUGUGAUCGAGGCUGGUGUCCGUACUGCCGAUAUUGGCGGCAAGUCGACAACUAGCCAGGUCGGCGAUGCUGUUGCUGCCGAGCUGGAGAAGCUGUUGAAGCAAUGAUUGAUCAACAAAAGCAAGUUUUUUCGGUUUUCUCGUCGCACGAGCAAUUUCAGUCCCAUGUAAUGUCAAAUGGGACAUGACUUGAGCAGAUUUAAAUAGAUAUGACUCAAUACUUUAUUAAUUAUCAGAAUAUCGAGGCCAUUGGCCCGUGAUUG